AUGGGUAAGGACCAGGAAACAAGUGGUCACGAGCGAUAUGACAGCGAUGAAACGAAGGAUGAAAUAAUGGGUAAGGACCAGGAAACUAGUGGUCACGAGCGAUAUGACAGCGAUGAAACGAAGGAUGAAAUAAUGGGUAAGGACCAGGAAACUAGUGGUCACGAGCGAUAUGAUAGCGAUGAAACGGGGGGUGAAAUAAUGGGUAAGGACCAGGAAACAAGUGGUCACGAGCGAUAUGAUAGCGAUGAAACGGGGGGUGAAAUAAUGGGUAAGGACCAGGAAACAAGUGGUCACGAGCGAAAUGAUAGCGAUGAAACGGGGGAUGAAAUAAUGGGUAAGGACCAGGAAACAAGUGGUCACGAGCGAAAUGACAGCGAUGAAACGGGGGAUGAAAUAAUGGGUAAGGACCAGGAAACUAGUGGUCACGAGCGAUAUGAUAGCGAUGAAACGGGGGGUGAAAUAAUGGGUAAGGACCAGGAAACAAGUGGUCACGAGCGAAAUGAUAGCGAUGAAACGGGGGAUGAAAUAAUGGGUAAGGACCAGGAAACUAGUGGUCACGAGCGAAAUGACAGCGAUGAAACGGGGGAUGAAAUAAUGGGUAAGGACCAGGAAACUAGUGGUCACGAGCGAUAUGAUAGCGAUGAAACGGGGGUGAAAUAA